ACGGUCCGCUCCCUGACCCAUCAAUGGUUCGAUCCCCUGGACCAAAUCAGAUGGUCAACAGAAUGCAAGUCCCAGGAAUGAAUCAGUUCAGUCAGAUGGGGAUGCAGUCGAUGGGCCAGAGGUCUCCUCUCCCCAUGGGAGCGUCUGGCAACCAGAUGGGAAUGGUGGGACCACGGAUGGGGCAGCCGAAUGUGAACCAGCUGCAGAACCAGUAUCUGACCCAGGGUCAGUUUCCUGGAUCAGGACCAGGAGUCGGAGCAGCUCAGAGCGGGAUGGCUCAACCUGGAGCUCAGGCAGGGCUGGGACAGACGCAGAUGGGCACCCCGGUCUCGAGUCCUCUCGCUCAGCCCGGUUCAGUCGGGGGUCCCGGCAGCGUCUCCUCUGUGGGGCCUCUGGGUCCUCAGAGCGUCGGAGCGUCCUCCAUGACUCCAUCGAACUCAAACCAGCAGCCCAACUCCCUCCCUCACCUGGCAGCCAUGCGCAGCUCGCCCUCCCCGGCCCACAGCCGCUCCCCCACUCCUCACCAGACACCCCCCAGACACCCCGGGUCCCAGACGCCGCCAGCCGCACACUCCCAACGCCCUGGGGCCCCCUUCAGCCCCCCCACAGAGCCAAGGCCCCGCCUCCAACAAGCCCCUCCAGCAGCAGCAGCACAUGGGCUCCGGGCUCCACCACUCCCUCUCAUCCGGGGUUUAGGAUCCAGCUCAACGCCUCACGGGUCUCAGCUGCCACGCACUCCGUUGUCCCAGAAGGGUUCAUUCCACGCAGACAAUCAGGCGCUGACCCCGGCCUCCGUCAGCAGCUUGGACGCUUCCUCACAGCAGCCGCAGUCCAACGCUUCCACCGCCAACCACGACUCCAAGAUGGAGAUCAAGCAGCAGCAGGACGAGGAGGAGGAGGAGAGCGACAGUGGCAGCUGCUCCAAGGGAGGGAAGCUCAGCAACAUGAAAACUGAGGAGAAGCCUGUGAAGCUGGAGGUGAAAAAGGAGGAGUGCUCCGGAGAGGGAGGCAAAGGGCUUCCCAUGGAAUCAUCAUCGACGACUAAAACGACGACGACGAUGGUGAGCGUUAAGACGGAAGAUAGGAAACCGGAAAUAAAGACGGAGGUGAAGGAUGAAGAGGAGACGUCGGAUUCAGCUUCAGCUCAGACUGCAGCCAAAAAGAAGAUCUUUAAGCCAGAGGAGCUCCGCCAGGCUCUGAUGCCGACGCUGGAGUCUCUGUACCGACAGGAUCCAGAGUCUCUGCCCUUCAGGAUGCCUGUGGACCCUCUGCUGCUCUGCAUACCUGACUACUUUGAUAUUGUGAAGAAUCCCAUGGACUUAUCUACUAUCAAGCGGAAACUGGAUACAGGUCAGUACCAGGAGCCGUGGCAGUACGUAGACGACAUCUGGGUGAUGUUCAACAACGCCUGGCUCUACAACCGCAAAACAUCUCGAGUCUACAAGUACUGCUCCAAGCUGGCCGAGGUGUUCGAGCAGGAGAUCGACCCGGUGAUGCAGAGCCUCGGAUACUGCUGCGGGAGGAAGCUGGAGUUCUCCCCUCAGACACUUUGCUGCUACGGAAAGCAGCUGUGCACUAUUCCCAGAGACGCUGCUUACUUCAGCUACCAGAACAGAUCAAAAACAUUUGGGCUUAUUGCUAACAGGUACCACUUCUGUGAGAAAUGCUUCAAUGAGAUCCAGGGGGACACGGUUUCCCUCGGCGACGAUCCCACCCAGCCUCAGACGUCGAUUAACAAGGAACAGUUUGAGAAGAAGAAAAACGACACACUGGACCCUGAACUGUUGGUUGAAUGUUUGGACUGCGGCCGCCGGAUGCAUCAGAUCUGUGUCCUGCACCAUGAAACCAUCUGGCCCUCGGGUUUUGUAUGUGACGGCUGCUUAAAGAAGACAAACAAGACGAGGAAGGAGAACAAGUAUUCGGCCAAAAGGUUGCCUCAGACGAAGCUUGGCAGCCACCUGGAGAACAGAGUGAACGACUAUCUGAAGAGGCACUGCUACACGGAGGCCGGAGAAGUUCACAUUCGAGUCGUUCACGUCUCCGACAAAGUGGUGGAGGUCAAACCAGGCAUGAAGUCCAGAUUUGUGGACAGCGGAGAGAUGUCGGAGUCGUUUCCUUACAGGACGAAAGCCCUCUUUGCGUUCGAGGACAUCGACGGUAUAGACGUUUGUUUCUUCGGGAUGCACGUCCAGGAGUACGGAUCCGACUGCCCUCAGCCCAACCAGAGGCGAGUUUACAUCUCCUACCUGGACAGCAUUCACUUCUUCCAGCCUCGUGGUCUCAGAACAGCCGUUUACCACGAGGUCCUCAUCGGAUACCUGGAAUACGUCCGGAAGUUGGGCUACACCACUGGGCACAUCUGGGCCUGCCCGCCCAGCGAAGGAGACGACUACAUCUUCCACUGUCACCCCGCGGACCAGAAGAUCCCCAAACCCAAACGCCUGCAGGAGUGGUACAAGAAGAUGCUGGACAAAUCCGUGGCGGAGAGGAUAGUGCACGACUACAAGGACGUGUUCAAGCAGGCGACAGAGGAUCGAUUGACGAGUGCCAAUGAGCUGCCGUACUUUGAGGGCGACUUCUGGCCCAACGUCCUGGAGGAGAGCAUCAAAGAGCUGGAGCAGGAGGAGGAGGAGAGGAAGAGGGAGGAGAACAGCACGUCCAACGAGAGUAUCGAUGAUACGAAAGGUGACAGUAAAAACGCAAAGAAGAAGAACAACAAGAAGACGAGUAAGAACAAGAGCAGUCUGAGCCGAGCCAAUAAGAAGAAGCCGGGGAUGCCCAACGUGUCCAACGACCUCUCGCAGAAACUCUACGCCACCAUGGAGAAACACAAGGAGGUGUUCUUCGUGAUUCGGCUCAUCGCAGCCCCCAUGUCGAACUCCCUGCCCCCCAUCACUGACCCCGACCCCCUGAUGGCCUGCGACCUGAUGGACGGCCGCGAUGCUUUCCUCACGUUGGCGCGGGACAAACAUCUGGAGUUCAGCUCGCUGCGUAGGUCCAUGUGGAGCUCCAUGUGCAUGCUGGUGGAGCUGCACAACCAGAGCCAGGACCGCUUCGUAUACACCUGCAACGAGUGCAAACACCACGUGGAAACACGCUUCCACUGCACCGUCUGCGAGGACUACGACCUGUGCAUCACCUGCUACAACACUAAGGGCCACGUGCACAAGAUGGAGAAGUUGGGCCUGGGUCUGGACGACGAGAGCAGCAACUCGUCAGCCGCAGCGACUCAGAGCCCCGGAGACUCACGGCGCCUCAGCAUCCAGCGCUGCAUCCAGUCCCUGGUCCACGCCUGCCAGUGCCGCAACGCCAACUGCUCGCUGCCGUCCUGCCAGAAGAUGAAGCGGGUGGUGCAGCACACAAAGAGCUGCAAGAGGAAAACAAACGGCGGCUGUCCAAUCUGCAAACAGCUCAUCGCGCUCUGCUGCUACCACGCCAAACACUGCCAGGAGAACAAGUGUCCGGUUCCCUUCUGUCUCAACAUCAAGCACAAGCUCCGCCAGCAGCAGCUUCAGCACCGGCUCCAGCAGGCGCAGAUGUUGAGGAGGAGGAUGGCCAGCAUGCAGAGGGUCGGACAGUCUGGAGGAGGAGGAGCUUCAGGAGGAAAUGGAUUACCUUCUCCCAGUGCAAACAACGGAUCAACAGCGCCUGGAACACCGACUUCUGUGGGGGGAACGCAGCCGCCGACACCUCAGACACCGACACAUGGGAACAUGCCCGCUCUCCCCCAGCAGCAGGGAGGCAUGGGGGGGAUGGGAGCCAUGGGAGGCAUGGGAGGGAUGGGAGGAAUGGGGCAGCAACAAGGUGGUCCUCAGCAUCACCUCCAUCAGUAUCAGCCUGUGGGAGUUGGAGGGGGGAUGAUGAACUCCCCUCAGCAGCAAAUGGUGCCUCAAAUCCAGGCUCCAAACGUCCAGCAGCACCAGGGGGUUCUUCCUCCGUACAACCCCAGACCCGCAGGAGCGUCACCUUUACACCAGUCCCUAGGAAAACCAGGAUCCACCCCUCCCCAGCAACAACCACAACAACAAACCAUCAUGCCGGGGCAGAACCAGCAGCAGGGGCCCCCUCUGGCUGCUGUGGAGACGGCGCUGAAGAUCCAGCGGCUCGCAGAGACCCAGAGACAGAUGGCUCAGGCUCAGGCUCAGGCUCAGAUACGAGGCAUGGGCCAGGGGGGGGGUCUGAUGCCCCAACACCCGCACCACCAGACCCCCCAGGUUCAGAUGGGCAUGUCCCCCCACAUUGGGGCACAGGGCAUGUCCCCCCAGAAUCAGGGAGUCGUCGGCAGGACUAUGUUAGAGCAGCAGGGCAUGUUAGCGGGGCUUCAGCAGCAGCAGCAGCAGCAGGGCGGCCCCCCCCAGACUCAGCUGCUGCCUCCUCAGGUGCAGCAGCAGGGAGGGGGGCCGCAGCAGUGGGGGGGGGGCGCACCUCCCAACAUGAGCCCCCAGCAGAGGAUGAUGGGUCACAUGCAGCAGCAGCAGCAGGCAGGAAUCCCUCAGCAGGCCAUGACUCAGCAGCAAGGGGCUCGAGGGCUGAUGCAGGUGAUGGGGGGAGCUUCGGGGGUCUCGGGGCUCUCGGGGCUCUCGGGGGUCUCGGCAGGGGUCCAGAACUCGAUUGUAGCGGCGGCUGCGUCGGGGAACCUCCCUCAGGCCGCGCUGCAGGAUCUCCUGAGGACCCUGCGCUCCCCCAGCUCCCCUCUCCAACAGCAGCAGGUGCUCAACAUCCUGCGCUCAAACCCCACCCUCAUGGCCGCUUUCAUCCGUCAGAGAGCAGCCAGGUACCAGGGGGGUCCUGGGGGGGGCCCCGGUGGGGGGGGGCCUCCACAGGGGGGUCCACCACAGCAGGGGGGUCCUGGGGGAGGGGCGAGGUUCCCUGGAGUCCUGCCUGGUGUGGUAGUGGACGGGCAGCAGCAGCAGGUUAGCGUGAACCAGGCGGGGGUUAACAUGGCUCAGGGGGGGGCAGCGGCAGGGGGGAAUAUGCCCACCAUGGCUCAGCUUCAGCAGCUACAGCAACAACAGCAACAACAACAACAACAACAGCAACAACAACAACAGCAGCAGCAGCAGCAACGCCCCAUGCUACCUGGGAAGCUACAGCAACAGCAAAUGGCUGCAUUACAGCAACAACAACAACAGCAACAACAACAACAACAACAGGGAGCUGUGAUGCAACCACAACAACCAGGGCAACCGGGAAACAUCUGCAACAUGAAUCCACAGUUCAGAGAGCUGCUGAUGAGGAGGCAACUUCUUCAACAACAACAGCAACAACAACAGCAACAACAGCAACAACAACAACAACAACAACAGCAACAACAGCUACAACAACAACAACAGCAACAGAUGGGGAACCACGGGCAGUUCCAGCCUCAGCAGGGCUUCAUGCAGCCGGGCUCAGGUCUGCCCCCCCCCUCUGCUGCACCACAGCCUGGAGGUGGAGCCCCCGCCCCCCCCCAGCAGCAAGGUGGGGGGGCCACAGUGCCCAGCCCACAGCAGCAGAGCUACACUAACAACAUGUCUCAAGUUGCUGCGGCGAUCCAGCAGCGGCUCCAGCACCAGAUGCAGCUUCAACAACAACAACAACAACAACAACAACAGCAGCAGCAGCAGCAGCAGCAGCAGCAGAACUCAAUGAGUCAGGAUGGAGGUGGAGGUCAAAGUGGAGUUUCAGGAGGACAGACCACCCAGAGCAUGCUCCACCAGAACAUCCACCAGAGGCUCCUCCAGCAGCAGCAUCUCAGCGGGGGGUCUCCGGGGCAACACAGCAGCCCAAUGAGCCCACAACAACAACAACAACAGAUGGUUCAGUCUCCGCGGCCCCACCUUCAGGCUCAGGGCGGUUUGGGUGCAGCGGUUCGAUCUCCGCAACCGUCGCCGAGGCCUCAAUCGCAACCGCCUCGAUCCAGCCCGUCCCCCCGCAUGCAGCCGGCAUCAUCGCAACCGUCGCAACCGUCGCCGCAUCGCAACCCCCCGCAAACAGGCUCCUCCCCUCAUCUCAUCGCACAGCAUCAUCAAAACAUGGCGCCGCCGCAGAAUCCCCCGCUUCCUCCAGAUCAGUUCAGCUCGGAGCAAAACAAUAUCAUGUCUCAACUGAGCGGGAUGACGGGGAUGCAGUCGGACAUGUUAGGGGGAAACAACAACAACAACAAUAAUAACAAUAACCCGGAUCUGCAAACGACGAACAUUAACCACAGCAGUUUGGAUCUGAUGUAGCCUCGUCGCUCUCCGUCUCUGAUUUUCAAAGAAACUGCCGCGAUAUGGAGAGCGAGGCGGGACUUUUUUUUUUGUUGAAGUUUUUAUUUUUUAUUUAAAUAUUUUUGUGAUGUAUAAUAAAUAAGAACUGCCUUCCUAUGGGAGAUAAAUCUUUAGAAGUCAAUAAAUGAAUAAAUUAAAAACAAUGGUAAGUUAUUGCUGUUAAUAUAUAUCUAUAUAUAUUUUUGCCAAUUGUGUACAAAGGGGGGGGGGGGGGGGCAGUGUUUUCAGGUUGAAGAUAUUUCUUCCUUAUUAAGUCGAUAUUUUUGGGGAUUUUUUGCCUUUUUAUGAAUAUUUUUAAGAUUUUAAAUGUGGCGAAGAAUUAACAGUGAGUGACACGAUGUACCUUUUUUUCCCCCUUCCUCAAAUACCCAUAAUUGUAUUUUGCAGAGUAUAUUUUAUUUCUGAAUCUAUUAUUUUGUUUCCUCCCUCUCGAUGACAUAUCUUCUGUUACAGAAAUCCUUAUUCUGUACAACACACAUAUAGACUUUAUUUUAUAUGAUAAAGGGAGGGGAGUUAGAUGCGUUUUGUUUCAGGGUUUAUAAAUUAGAAACCUCAGCAGUGUUUUUUGGGGGGUGGUAUUUUUCUGCAAACAAAUCCUCCUCGCACCACUUCCUCCUCUGAAUGUCCCUUUUAUCCUGAAAGGGAGGAGGAGCCCGUUUUAAAGCUGGACGACGUUUAUGUACAUAUAUAUUUACAGCCUUGUUUAUAAACUGUGACAUGGAGAAGCCUGCCUGUACCCUCACAAACAGUUCCCCUUCUUUACAUCCCCGCUAAUUCAAUGUUGUACAGAAAAUGGUGGACUUAGAUACUGUUUUUGUAAUGAAAGUGAAAUUGAAAUGUAAAAAAAAUACACGCCUGUACAUACUUUUAAAAGCCGUAUAAGCAGAGGGAUUAUUUUUCUGCUGCUUGUCCCCCCUUUCUUGUUUGGAUAUUUGCUGUAUCUGUAUAAAAACACAAAAACUCCUGAGCUACUGUACAGCAUUGAGAUGAUUUUGUAAGCAGGUACAGUGGGGGGGUGUUGAAGGUCACAAGCGCCUUUUUCUGUGUAUUUUUGACAAGGUUUUUGGGAGGGAGGGGUUAUUGCAAACACACCUGAACAAUCUCACACAGGUGGAGACCGGAAAAAAGAGUUUAAAUUUAGCUUUUUAUGGACUGAAGCUCACUAUUUUUCUCACAAAAGGUUGGGCUUGCUGGGUAUAUAAGAGGGGGGGGGGGCAUCCGAACCAGGUGGCAAUAUAUCUUGAGACUUAUUUUGUAAGAAAACAAGGAAAAACUGUCUUUUUUAUAUAUAGAUAUAUUAUUUAAUUUUAUUUUUUUGGAAAUAAAACUUGAAGCUACAGGAAUUAUUAGAUAAAAACAAUGUUUUUGUUUUGUAUUGAAGAUGUAAUGGUGAUGCAACACGACACUGCAGACCCCCCGCGGAGAAUCUCCUGAUAUAGUUGUAAACAUACUGAAUCACUGUACAAACCCGAUGGCAACUGAACAAAUACCUUCUCUUUCAAUCACUUCUUCUUCUGCUCAACAGAGACUGGAAAUAAGACUUAUUUAAAUAUUUGUUUUUAGUAUUACAAAUGGAAAAACUUUGACCACUUUUUCUUUUUUUGUUAACAAGUUUUUGGUGCUCGCUGAGAGAAAGCAAAAAUAACUGUUGCUCCAUUUUCAUUAGUUUCCUUUUUUCUAAGUUAUUUUGGUGGUCUGAUUGUUUUUUUUGCCAAUAAAUUAAUUGUACAAUAAAGUAUGUUUGUACCAUUGGAAAAAUA